AUGCUCCCCGUCCAAAUUCUCAAGGACAGUGCCCAAGAAGAACGAGGAGAGAGCGCUCGACUGAGCUCUUUCGUUGGGGCGAUCGCAAUUGGAGAUCUCGUUAAGUCCACACUUGGCCCCAAAGGAAUGGUCAGUGAGAAACUUUUCUUGUUUUUUCAUGUCUAAUUUUCAAUAGGACAAGAUCCUGAUCAGUGGAAACGCUGACCAUCAAGGCAUAAAGGUUACGAACGACGGUGCUACAAUUUUGAAGUCGAUUGGAGUUGACAAUCCAGCCGCAAAAGUUCUUGUUGGUGAGUUUUUUGGUAGUAAAGCUCAUUUGAUUGGCUUCUUAAGAAAUGUCGAUGACUCAAGAUAGUGAAGUUGGUGAUGGAACGACAUCAGUUACUGUUUUAGCUGCUGAACUCUUGAAAGAGGUGAUCUUCACCCUUUUGAAGAAUAUUUUUUGUGGUUUAAGGCCGAAAAGCUCGUCAAUCAGCGUGUUCACCCACAGACCAUCAUUUCCGGAUACAGAAAAGCUUUGAUCAUCGCUCAAGGAGCUCUGAAGAACUCUUGCGCGGAGUCUGGGUAACUGUCAUAUGAAAACCUUUGGUUACUCUUUUUUCAUAAAGAUCAAAAAUGCGCGAGGAUUUGUUGAAAAUCGCGAGAACUACUCUCGGAUCAAAAAUUCUUGGACAACACAAGGAACAUUUCGCUCAACUCGCAGUUGAUGCCGUUCUACGUUUGAAGGUUUUUUCCAUUUGUAAUUAGAGGCAAUUUCCUACUUCCAUGAUUUCAAUAUUAACGUAUGUUUUUUCCAGGGUUCUGGUAAUCUUGACGCUAUUCAAGUUAUCAAAAAGCUUGGCGGCUCUAUGAACGAAUCGUAUUUGGAUGAAGGUUUUUUGCUCGAAAAGCUGCCUGGAAUGUACCAGCCCCGACGCGUGGAAAAGGCUAAGAUCCUUAUUGCGAACACGCCUAUGGACACUGACAAGGUAUAGAGAAUCAUUUAAUGUCGCGUUUCUCGAAUUUUUUUUUCUCAUUUCUGUCUUUAGGUGAAAGUUUUCGGCUCGCGUGUCCGUGUUGAUGGCGUCGCAAAAGUCGCCGAGCUUGAAAGCGCCGAAAAAAGCAAAAUGAAAGAGAAAGUUUGUUUUUGUAUUUUUUCUUCCUAUGAUCUAUUAUUUGCCAUGUUUCACGACUAUUAAAAAAAAGAUAUAGGGGGAUUCACUUCAUUGAAUUUAGGUCGAUAAGAUUUUGGCGCAUAAGUGCAACGUUUUCAUCAAUCGCCAGCUCAUCUACAACUAUCCUGAGCAGUUGUUCGCCGACGCCAACGUCAUGGGCAUCGAACAUGCUGAUUUCGAAGGGAUCGAACGACUCGCUCUUGUUUUAGGUGAGCUUUUCACAAAUAUUUGAGUUCAAUCGGCAAAAUUUUUAGUGUUUCAAGUAUGCUAGUCUUUCUAGGAAGAGGUCAUGUCAUUCAAUGAAAUUUUUUAGGGAGUUUGUGAACGAUUUUCAGAAAAAAACUAAGGAAGCAAUUGUUUUAAAUAAUAUCAGAAUUUCGAAAGUAAGCCUUCGCGAGCGAAAUGGACGAUUUCAGAGAAAUUUGCCAAGAGUUUUAAAGGUAGAAAAAUUUUUCAAAUGCUUUCUCAUCCAUUUUUUCAAUGUUAUGAAAAAAAAAUCCAGCGAAUUUUCGAACGGCGACUUCUCUGAUUUUUUCGUAUCGCUAGGGAACUUUCCGACGGAGAAGCUUUUCGACUCUUUUUCCCUUACUUUUUUCGGUUUAUAAAACAUCUACUAAUAUUUUUUUUUCUAUUUCUUUGUUUUUUAAUCACGAAUCAUCUACCAACUUUAUAUAGGUAUAUUCAAAGCGAAGAUUUUAUCGAGAAAAAAAAGUCAGAAAUGGAUUAGUCGGAAAGUUCCCGAGCGAUAUGAAAAAAAUCAAAAAAGUCGACGUUCGAAUUUUUGCUGGUCCUUUUUUCAUACCAACUUUUUAUGAAUAAUUGUUUACUGUGUCUUGAGGCCAAGACUAUCUGAUACAUAUUUAGUAUUCUGAUACGCUCAUUUUCGUGAAAAUCAUUCUCGGGAAAUAUAAUUUGAUUUUGAAGGAGGCGAGAUUGUUUCAACUUUUGAUUCCCCGGAAACGGCAAAGUUUGGUCACUGCGAUUUGAUCGAAGAGGUCAUGAUUGGCGAAGAUCGUCUUCUUCGGUUCUCCGGCGUCCCAGUCGGUUUGGUUUACUCAGUUUUUCAUGGAGUUUAAUGUUAAUAAUAAUUAAUCUUUUGAUAAUAUUGGUUUCGAGUGAUUUCAGUUUAUAGCAUUUUUUUGCGUAGAGGAUCAACAAAACCAUUUGAUAUCAAAGGAAUUUUACUCCAAUAAAAGCAAUGAAUUGUAAUCAGUGAUGAAAAAAUAACAAAGUUUUCAGUGUGCUGAGUUGUGCUGAGUUUUCAGGAGAGGCCUGCUCAGUAGUUUUGCGCGGAGCGACGCAGCAAAUUCUGGAAGAAGCUGAACGUUCACUUCACGACGCACUUUGCGUUUUGGUCACUCACGUGAAGGUUUGAAAGAUAAAACUUUACAACUUUAUUUAAGUAUUAGUUAAAGAAUCUGUCUCUCUUUCUUAGCUGAAUCAAAUGAUCAUCAAAAAUACACGUAAGUUGAAGACAGUGCUACGACUACCGGUAAAUAUUGCGCCGUCAGUUUCGGAGCCAGAAAAAUCAAAAAAAUUUUUCCUAUUUGCAAUCUGUCAAGGACCUAUUUCUCGAGGUCACAAAAUAAGUUACGUUACACAACGUACAAAAGUUUAAAUUUUAUUACUGAUAAAUUUAUCUGAACUACCGUAACACGACCAACCGCUUUAAAGAGGCGUGAAUAACUUUUUUUGUUUUUUUCGUCAAUAUGAAAAACACGCCGUUUAAAAAGCAAAUUUAUAUAGUUUAGUUUUUUUCAGAUACCAAAAAUAGUGCGCUCUUUUUUCUUGCUCUAUUAGUAAAAAAAUCUCUACUCUAAUCCAAGUUGAUGAAAGUUUGAAAACACUUGAAUACAUUUUUUCGUUUUCAGGAAGCAAAGACGGUGGCUGGUGCAGGUGCCAGUGAGAUUCUGAUGAGUACGGCGAUCGUAGUUGAGGCGCAGAAAAUCGCAGGAAAAGAAGCUCUGGCGGUGGAGGCUUUCGGCCGCGCCUUGGCACAGCUGCCCACCAUCAUCUGCGACAACGCCGGUCUCGACUCGGCAGAACUCGUGACGCGUCUGCGAGCUGAGCACGCCAAUGGCCAUCACAACAUGGGGAUUGGUGAUUUGUCAACUUUUUUCUUUUUUUUUUUUCAAAUCAAACUUUUUCAUUUCUCACACACAAUCACUAAAGUUUUUCAAAUAGAUUCAUGAUAUCGGUAGAACUAGAAUCAUUCGUCGGCUGGAUCCCACCCCGGGGUGCGGCCUACCCCCCUCAAACUCCAGCCAAUAUAUGAUUAGAAUUCUUUCAUAGAGAUUCGGAGGUUUCUCAGCUCUUCGGGUCUUUUUUCAAAUUUUCGGGACUGCCUAAUCAAAUGUCUUUUUCUGUAUGGUGCUGUGAAAGUACAAAUUAAGGAAAACAUUUUCUGAACCUCUAAUUGAAAAUCAGAACGAAGAAAAACGAGAUUGCCAGUAAAUAUUUUUAUAAAAAGUAUUGGCUGAUGAUGAUUACCUGUCAUUUUUGCACUUCGAUUUAUUUUUCAUUGAAAAGUUUUUUGACUGAAAAAGAUUUAAUUUCUCGUAGAGAGCUUUUAGAACUGACCCGUUCAGGCUGUCCGGUUUAUCACGAAACUAAUUUCACACUGUAGGUUAAAAUUGUGCAUAUGCACACCGACCACGGUUUUUUUGGGCGAUAUAUUUUUUUUCAGAAAGGAAUUUUUUUAUAAUAGAAGUAGUGGGAAAAAAACACAAAACUAAUUAAAAAUCUCCAGAUAUGACAAUUUCGUUUUUAAAAAGAGAAAUCACAAAGUGAGUCUUGAAAUAUGUGGAAUGAGAUAAACCUGCUUUUUCAAAGAAAGAACUCGUAUUUUUCGGAGUUUUGAACGCAACGAAAACUUUCAUACGAGUUCGUAGAACAACUGACAAAACCGCUUUUUAUAAAAGAUUCUAUUUAAUUUUGUCAAAACCCAAGGUGUAACUCUUCUUUUUAAGAUAUCGAAAAGGGAGAAAUCGCUGACGUCGUCGCUCUCGGCGUUAUCGAGUCUUACAACGUGAAACUGUGCAUGGUUUCGUCGGCGGCCGAAGCGACGGAGCAGAUUCUGCGUGUCGAUGACAUCAUCAAAUGCGCACCACGCCAACGUGCCCCGGACAACCGUCCCUGCUAA